AUGGCAUCAGUGGAGAUCGUUCAGAGAGAAGGAUAUACGGUGAUCAUGGGCCGGGCCGCACGUGACGCGCUUACAAGGAUUGUCCACCUGUGCCGCAGGCGCAGCGACGGGGCCUUCGUCAUCCUGAAGGAGAUCCCGGUUGAGCAGAUGUCACGGGACGAACGCUUGGCUGCCCAGAACGAGUGUCAGGUGCUGAAGCUGCUCAACCACCCAAACAUCAUYGAGUACUAUGAGAACUUCCUGGAGGACAAGGCCCUGAUGAUAGCCAUGGAGUACGCACCAGGUUCGCUCGCUGCUGGAUCCGGUUACACCGCACUCUUUUGUCUGGGCAAACCAGUUUACUUUUCCCAUGCCUUAGGGUUCCACACAGUGGUGGGGACUCCCUGUUACAUCUCCCCAGAGCUGUGUGAGGGAAAGCCGUACAACCAGAAGAGCGACAUCUGGGCUCUGGGCUGCGUCCUGUACGAGCUGGCCAGCCUAAAGAGAGCUUUUGAGGCGGCUAAUCUUCCCGCCCUCGUCCUGAAGAUCAUGAGCGGAACCUUUGCUCCAAUAUCGGACCGCUACAGCCCAGAACUCCGACAGCUCAUCCUCAACAUGCUCAACCUGGACCCAUCCAAACGGCCCCAACUCAAUGAAAUCAUGGCUUUGCCCAUCUGCAUCCGGCCUCUGCUUAAUCUCUACACAGACAUUGGCAAUGUGAAAAUGCGCCGGAUUGAGAAACCGCUGUCGACCGUUCAGCCGCGAGSCAGACCGGGAGGGAGAGUUCCUGCUAACCGGACCAGAGAUGCAAUGGCGGGUUUGGGUUCAGGAAAGGUGCAUUCCCUCCCGCUGUCCUCCGUGUAUACGUGGGGAAGUGGGAUAACGGCGCCUCUCCGGCUACCGAUGCUGAACACUGAAGUGCUUCAGGUCUCACUGGGCAGGACUCAGAAGAUGGGAGUCACCAAGUCCGGCCGCCUUAUUACCUGGGAGCCUAAGAUUGUGGAGGCUCUCUUGGGCUACGAGUUGGUCCAGGUGUCCUGCGGAGCUUCUCAUGUCGUCGCUGUGACCAAUGAAAGAGARGUGUUUGCUUGGGGAAGAGGAGACAACGGUCGCCUCGGCCUGGGCACCCAGGACACACACAACAGUCCCCAGCAGGUGUGUCUGCCUGCAGAGUUGGAGGCUCAGAAGGUGGUGUGUGGCGUGGAUUGCUCCAUGGUUAUCAGCACGCAGUGCAGCAUUCUGGCAUGUGGAAGCAACAGGUUCAACAAGCUUGGUCUGGACAUGAUUACAGCUGGGGAGGAACCGAAUCCUGUGAAUCAGGUUGAAGAARUCCAUUCUUACACUCCGGUUCAGUCAGCCCCACUCAACUCUGAGAGGAUAGUUUACAUCGACAUUGGAACGGCCCAUUCUGUUGCUGUCACAGAAGAGGGCUGGUGUUAUACGUUUGGCAGCAACCAGCACGGUCAGAUGGGCUGCAGCUCCCGGCGCAGCAGCCGGGUGCCCUACCAGGUGCUCGGCCUGAAGGACAUAACCUYKGCCGCAUGUGGUGACGCCUUCACGCUGGCCAUUGGAGCUGAAGGUGAGGUGUACACGUGGGGGAAGGGUGCCCGUGGUCGCCUCGGAAGAAAAGAAGAGGAUUGUGGGAUACCAAAGCCGGUGCAGCUCGACGAGAGCCACCCAUUCACAGUGACAUCGGUAGCCUGUUGUCAUGGCAACACCCUGCUGGCAGUCAAACACAAUCAUCUUCGGACGGAGCCAAACGCGUGAAUAYUUCUGCYGUAUCUGCUGCUUCUGGAGUUCUUUUUGCACUAAAAGUAUCUGCAGCGUUACAGGAGAUUAGCGUUACAGCGGCCAACUCACCUCCAGACUGAGCAGCUUUGUUUGAAACUYUGAACUUUGAGACACAAACACAGUGACCUCUGGAAAAGACUCCGACACAAAGUCGAUCCAUGACCAACCUGUUUUUGUSUGACAUGUGAAAGAGAACAAAGCAAUAAUUAGUCUAAAAGGGAAAAAAAGUAACAGGGUUUGAUGUGUAAAGCAUUUCUAUACCACUCCUUUAACAUAUUUUGUACCAAAAAAAACUUUGGGUCCCUUUCGUCCAUCACUACAUCGUUCACCAGCUUUCUUCUAUUUGCUGAACAAAAGCCAUCCCCACCACAUGAUAUGAGUAAAAGGGUUUAGAUCCAAAUGAACGCCACACUUUUAAAACCAAUAGGUUUUAAAAGAAACCUGUUGGUUUCUUUUAACCAAUAGGUUUUAAAAGAAACCAAUAAGUUAAAAGAAAUAAAUUCUGCAUCUAAUCAU